UUCCACUCAAAAAAGAAAAAGAGGUGGAACACAAAUGCAAAGUGUACAUGGACGGAGUGAGCGCAAACUGAUCGUGCUAAAUGAGUUACACCAACCCAUUGGUCCUACUGAAGCAAUUGUGAAAGAGUUGGGUAGCUUCCUCGGCACAUUGGCAAGGAAUGGGACCUUCUGUCCUCUGAAUGUGUUUAAAUGGAAGAAAUUGAAGACACAUGAUGAUAUGUGGAACUAUACCAUGGAGAAAUAUGACAUUCCUAAAGUUGCGAAAGAAUGGGCUUUGCGAACAAUUCAACUUGCUUGGAGAAAGUAUAAGAAUGGGUUGAAGAAGAAACACUACUAUCGCUAUGCCAAUGACGAAAUUCGAAUGGCAAAAAGGCCUAAAGAAGUUUCGAAUCUCAAUUUAAGGCUCUCCUCGAAUAUUGGAACUCCGAUGCGGCUCAAAAAAAAUACAGAGAAUCGAAAAAAGUUGAGGUAUCCACACACUGUUGGCAAAACAAGUUUUGCUAUAAUCCGUGAGAAAAAAAAGAAGGAAAAUCCUGAAGCUUUGUCAAGUAAGGAGUUUUUUGUGGCUACUAGAAGAAGGAAACCAGGCCGAGUAUACAAGGACUCAUAUGAAGAUACGGCUAGCAAAAUAGCUGAAAUGGAGAGAAUAGAAACUCAAGAAAGUGAAGAUGGCAGUCAAUCAGUUGACGCAUAUGUAUCAGUAAUGGGACCUGAUCAUCCAGGUCGAGUAAGAUUGUAUGGACGUGGGGUUACCAAGACUCUCUUGAAACGAGAAAGCGGCGGAUCCGGACUCUCUUCAAAUGUUACUGAUGAAAUGGAGAAAAAAAUGGAGGAGAUAGAAGAGAGGAUGCAACAAAGAAUGCAGGAAAAAUUCAACGCGCAAAAGGAUACCAUGGAACAAGAUAUUACAAUGAAAGUCAUUGCAAAAAUUCAGCAGCUAAAUCCAGAAUUCCGACUUGAUCCUAAUAUGUUAAGGUUCAGUGUUCGCUCACCCGGAGAAGCUUCCUCUACACCUGGUAACAAUCAAGGUGUCGAAAAUGAAGAAAGGGAAGGAGACAAUGAACACGUUGAUCUUACUUGAGAAGAUCUUUUAUGAAGCUUGUACAUGUUCUAACAAUCUUUUUGCUAUCGAACAUGUUGAAACUUAUCCUAAAUCUUGAAAUGUAAAACUUAACUAUGCAUUUUGGGUUGAACAUUUUGCUUGUACGGGUAUGUUGGAUUAGGAAUGUUGGAUAUAUAUUUUGGACUAUGAAUUAAUGUUGGACAUUUUGGAUUAUGAUGAAUGUUGGAUAUUUUGGAUUAUGAAAAAUUGUGCUUUCUGAUUUAUUGAA